GUGGUAAGUGUCGUGUUAAAUGUAAGAUGGUGGCAGCAUCGAGGAUUUCGUCACUAGCUAUUUAUGGCUUUCUCCAGUUUUAUUCGUAACUUGUUUUGGUGAAGCAUAUUUUCAUUUAAUUGAAUGAUGUUUCAUGUGACAAGCAACUCGAUCAUGUCACUCAAGAAGAUGGUGUUGCAAAAGAGCACAACUAUGUCUUUGAAUGAACGCUUUACAUACCUGAGGAGAAACCGAGAGAAUGCAAUUCGAAAUAUUCGAGAAAAUGCAGUGCUUCAGCACCAAGCAUCGGUGAAGAAUCGCAGACUUGUGCAGCAGAUGGAACGUCGUCCAGCUGUUGUGGCAGCUCUUAAAUUGAAAAAGAGGAGCAUGCGGCAACGUCUUGGUCAGCGCUUGGGAAACACCAGCAUUAAGGAUCGAUUGACAUUAAAUGUAUCAUAUCGUGGAGGUCGUAUGAGGGCAAGAAGUCGUUCCCGUGGAAUGCCAAGAGGAAGAGGUCGUGGACAAUUAUCUGGUAACAGAGGUGGUCAGCUGGAUAACUUCAGAUACAGACAGCCACAAACACAAGGACAGGGCCAAAGCUCACUUUAUAGAAGUCCUUCAAGACGUCCAUUCAAAAGAGGACGUGGUGGUACACCUAUCAGAGGAAAUCGGGGAGGAAGAUACAUCCAACGAGGUGGUCAACAAGGUCGAGGUGGUGGUUCAUUCAGACGUGGAGGUCGUGGUGGAGGUCGAGGGGGUGCAAGAGGCAGAGGCCGUGGUGGCAGGGGUCGUGGAGGUCGUGGGCGGCAAAAUAGACCUCUGCCUUCAAAGGAAGAACUUGACAUGCAACUUGAUCAAUAUAUGGCAAAUACAAAGUCACAUCUGGACCGAGAGCUAGAGAGUUACAUGAACCAAGCCAGUACCUCUGAAUCAUGGGAUUGAAGCUUCAUGUCAGUCCAUCUCUGAUUUGCCAUUUGAAAUUUGCUUUAAUUUAUGGUUUGUUUAUGUCUUGGACUUCGAACUCUUUCGCUGUAAAGUUUUAAAUGUUCAUAAGCACAUUUUUCUGUGUUUAAGGACUCCCAGUGUAAAAGUAUUGUACAUUAGGAUAUGUAAGAAAGAAACAGACUGUGGGAUAGCAAAUUGCUCCCAAAUAUUUAUAGUAACUUUUUACAAAAUGUGUAAUAAUGGUUGUAACAUGAUGCUAAAGGAGAUGCUUCUGUAGAUUGUUUCACUGGAUUCAUAAAUUUGUCACUCUUUUAAAAGUAAUACUUGUGAGGCUGCAAUGAUGUUUUAAUGUGCAUUGAACUAAUAUUCACUUAUACAGAUAAGUGUAAUGCUAGAAAUAUAAACUCACUGUGUUUGUUGAACAUGUCAUGACUUAAAAGCAUUCUUGCUUUGACUGACUCUUAAUAGAUUUCUGUUAGAGAAUGAAUGCCAUUUUAUGAAAAAUAGUGAUGAUAAAAGUGGACUUUCGUGCGUUGUAUUUCUAAAAGGAAUUGAUACAGUAGAAUAUGGUUUUGUUUUGUGUUAAGUCAUCUUGCCCAUGUAUUGUAGUUGUUUGAAAGAAAGGAAGGGUGGGAGAGAGAGGAAAGAGAGAGAGAGAGAGAGAGAGAGAGAGAGAGAGAGAGAGAGAGAACGAACCUUAGUAUUCACCAAAAAUAGGAAAGAAAUGUGGUACAUAACUCAGUUAUGAUAGUUGCUUGUAGAAUAUUGCACAGAAUGCCAACUUUUGAUUUUGAGUUGCCAUUCAGUUCACUUUUAAGUUCUUGUCAGAGGAAUUAUGUUAAUAUUAUCAUUAAUUUAUAAUUUUGUACAGCUGUUAAAAUGUCCAUUUACUAGUUCCUGUGGAUGAUAAUUGAAGUGUGUGUUGCAACUAUUUCAGAGUAGCGUGUGUACACUUGUUUAUUGCUUUGAGCUUAUGACGCUAUCAAAUUGUUUCUAUAAUGUUGCUUUGUUUAAAGAGAAUUUAAAGAUAGCUGCUGAAUGUAGCUGCAGAAAAAAAUAAAUUAUUUGAAUUUUGGUAAA